CCAUUUUCCUUACAAUUUUUGGAGCUUACUCCGAAGAUUCUUCAAAACCAAUAUCAUUAUUUUUUCCUUAUAAAUCAUUGAUAAAUUAUGACUUCAAAAAUAUCAUUGUUGAAAUAAUACUGCUAACUUUAUUCUUGGCAUGGAAAUUUCAGUUAUCAUAUUGCUAAUAGCAUGAUAAGCCUAUAAUUAACGUCAGAAAUCACCAAAACUAUCAUACUCUGAUAUUUAUCUAUUAAUUACAGCUUAAGUGAUGCAAAUAUAUAAGAAUCCAACAAUCAUGUGCUCAACCUCAAAUACCGAGUUUUUUUGUCUGAUCUGCUGAUUGAUUCUAAAUCUGGAAAAAUCAAAUAAUACAGUUGAUAGAUCAAGUACAUGUGAGAGGACAAUUGGACAAAUACAUUUAGAUAGACAAUAGAGUUUUUUUACAUAUAGUCACUUUAUGAGUUGUUAUUACACAUUAGAACAUUUUCCACUACUAGAAUAGAUUUUUAGUGGUUGUUUACGUCGAUACUCCUGCGAUGUAGAUCUUUUAGUUUCCCUUGCUUUUUGGAUAAAUCUUGUUUAAUUCUGAAUUAUCACAACCAUAAGAAAUUUGAGGCUUGGAAAGAAGCGGCCGUGAUGAAGCAACGAAGAUGGAAACGAGAGGCGAUCAAAUCCCAGAUCUCGUUCUUGUUCUCUUCCGUUCAACAUUUUUUGGUAGUCAAAUUAGGGAAGAAUGAAAAUAUAUCUUUCUCUCUCUAAUCUAUCUUAUUUUUAUUAACAUUCCACAUCGUGUGGUGUUGGUUCCUUGGGCAAUAUACAUGUGUAUAAGCAAUCCUCCAUUCUUGAACUAGCUUUUGGAUGUGAGUUAGGCUCAUCACUAAUAUGGUAUCACAGCUCAUAGUAAAAGCCCAGCAUAUGAUUUCCCACAUAAACAGUUUUCUACCUAUGUAGCCUGUAAAAGUGGCCCAUAUUGCUGUGGUAUAUCCGAGAUGUUGGGCUUGAGCUGUUUCCAAUGGACCGUUUUCUACCCACAUCUCGAAAGGGGAUAUUAACAUCCCACAUCGUGUGAGUGUUGAUUCUUUCGGUAAUAUAUAUGUGUAUGGGCAAUCCUCCACUCUUGAGCUAGCUUUUAGGUGUGAGUUAGGCCCAUCACUAAUAAUUUUCUCAUCAUCUCGAAACAAGAGAAUAAAGAACCGACUGUGCUUUCUCCUCCUUCUCCCAUUGUCCUUUGAGGUUAGCUUAUCUACUUCUAUGGAUAUAUAUGCAUCAUUUUGUAUCAUAUCUCUUUGUGUAGAUAAGUUUUUUUCACAGGUUGGUUUCAAUUAGAUUCCAUCCCGAGCUGGGGCCUACUCUCCGUGUCAAGUUCGCUACGAAGAACUCAACUUCGAAAGCAAAGUUGUCAAAGCUCAGACUUGGGAUAUUGCUGGUCAAGAGAGAAAAAAACAAUGUUUGAGAGAGGAGCAAAUUGUUCGUUAAUAAUGUUGGAGAGUGGAGAACAAGCAACGAUUGAUAUUGAGGCAACUGUGUCAUGCAAGUGUUCAUCCAACACUUUAGAGAUAAGACUAAAGCGCCAUACAGAAGUGCUUCUCGUACACCAGCGUGACGGAUCCGUGGACAUUAUCGGAUCACAGAAGGCUCCUCCAUUCCCAAUCCCUCACAUCCUCCUAAAAGACAUCGGUAGCUUUGAUCCGCACAACAUCAAUCAUCUCCUCCAAUUAGACCCUGUUUUAUGCAAUCAUAUUUCUGUUAUAAUCGAUUCCAAAGCAGCCGGGGAGCGAGUUCCAGGGCCAUUAUAUAUCUCCCUAUACGUCACAGUCACCCCACACAGAUUCCUAGGAGACGAUAUUCCUUUCCCUGAACAAGACGAGGAGAUGGAGACAUGCGGCAUUUGUUUGGAGGAGCUAAAUCCGAGGGGUGAAAUCUAUUUCGACAUGCCAAAUUGUUCUCAUCAGUUUCAUGAUCUAUGUAUAUCCAGGUGGUUGAGGCGUAGCAAGACUUGCCCUCUCUGCCGCACUUUUGCUGAUUAUGAUGAUUGACAACCAUGCAUCUCUUCUCUUUUUUUUUUUUUGUCAAACUUAUUGAAUCAGUUGUUUUUUUUUCACUCCAAUUUUUUAAUGUUCAUGUAAGAUUUCUUGUCUUUCACUCCUUCCUUGUGAUUAGGGUUCAAUUAAUAAUUUCUCGGAUUUUUCUGACCCAUCUUUGGAAGACAUAGUUUACCACUCUGUAGCAUAGCUUCUUAAGGUUAAUUUAUUUGCAACACUAACCCCCAACAAAUUGUGUUUCUUCAAAAAUCGAUUUGAGACAUCAUCACCAUCUUCCUCUGGACCAAAACUUGACAAGACCAAAUUCCAUUUUUGUACUGAAAACUAUAUGAUUCUAGGAACCAGUCUUCACCUUCUUCCUCCAUUUUUCGAACAUAGCUUGUGUUUUGAUAUGUCUGUUCCACUAGCGUUAGAAUUAAAUGAAUCUUCCUCACUCGCUUGCUCGAUCCAACUUUCUGAUAACUUCUUUGAAAUCACGCCAAAAAUCAAGCACUCUCACGCCAAAUACCUUAUUUUGAUAUGUCAUUCAUGUUGAAUCAAUGUUUUUAAACUCUGCUUUUUGUUUUUUUUUGUUUUUUUUAACACAAAUAGAUACACGCAAAACUCGUGCUUUUUGUUUGUUUUUGAACAACUUUUUUUAACCUUAAAAAAAACCUUAGGAGCCGCAACAACAUGAUCAUGGUUAGAGUUUCGUAACGAGUUGGACAUAUUCUUUGAGAUAAAUAUGGUCCUUCAGGUUUUGGAGCGCUAC